UCUUUCUUCCUAGCCAGAAGAUACAAGUGGAGAGAUUAGAUAUGCUUGGCUUUAAAAAAAAAAUUGCACCAAAAUUGCCACUUGAGGAAGAUCAGCCUUCUUCCAAUGCUUUGUAGAUAUGGAGUGAGUUACCUCAGUCAGGCAAAACUUUAAAUAAGGUGAUCAACUGUGAUUCCGUUCUUGGCUGAUUAAUUAUUUUUACCUGACUCACCUCAGAACCAGGAUUGCAUUCAAGGUCCAAUUAAAAUAGCAGGGUGAGGCGUUAAAUGUUAGAAAAGGAUCAGGCAGAUUUAGGUCAUGGGCACUUCAGCCAUGUGUCCAAAGAUGCUUUUUUAAGAGGCAACUGGACUUUCUGGUUUUGCUAUGAAGACGUUUCGCUUCUCAUCCAAUUGCGCUUCUCUGAGGGCUAAAGAAGCUUUUUGGAUGAAAAGCGAAAUAUAUUCAAAGAAAAAUGAGGAAGCAUUUAUUUCUUUGUUUGUUUGUUUUGUCAAGCGUGUAUAAGAUAACAGAUAAAUGUAUAAACAUGAUUAUGGAUACAUGAAAUGGAUAUGAAUAAAAGAAAACAUUGGGACAUGGAUGGUAGGCACGUUGGUGCGCUUAUGCACGCCCCUUACAGACCUCUUGGGAAUGGGGUGAGGUCAACAGUAGACAGUCUAAGGUUAAAGUUGUGGGUGUUUGGGGAAGAAACCACAGAGUCAGGUAGUGCAUUCCAGGUAUUGACCACUCUGUUGCUGAAGUCGUAUUUUCUGCAAUCGAGUUUAGAGCGGUUUACCUUGAGUUUGUAUCUAUUGUGUGCUCAUGUGUUGUUGCAGUUGAAGCUGAAGUAGUCAUUGACAGGUAGGACGUUGUAGCAGAUAAUUUUGUACUACACUUAGGUCAGACCAAAGACGGCAAAGUUCUAAGUUGUCUAAGCCUAAAAUUUCAAGCCUAGUGGCAUAAGGUAUUCUGUUGUGAGCAGAGGAGUGGAGGACUCUUUUUGUGAAAUAUCUCUGGACUCACUCAAUUGUAUUAAUGUCCGAUAUGCAGUGCAGGUUCAGCUUCUUGGAUGAGAAGGGAAACAUUUUCAAAGAAAAACCAGAAAGUCCAGUUGCCUCUUGAAAAAGCACCUUUGGGACAACCAUCACCUGGAUGACUGAGAAUCUCCAUAGACUUUCAGCCAUGUGGUUUCCAAUGUGUGACUUUGGUUCAAUCUUUCUUUCAUCCAAUUUGGUAUGGAAAAGUUACAGGAAGAUGUGUUACCCAUAUGAUGUUAAGACUUCACAGAGGGCAGAGACACAAGUUCUGCUUCUUAGUUUCACUUUGAGCAUGGACAAUGGAAUAAUAGUGCAUGAUGCAAUGGAAACUUAACUUUUCCUUGUAAAUCAAGUAACAAUGGAGGCAUUGGGUUUGGGCAAUGAGGCCUAAGGAUUAAGAUAUUAAAAUGUGCCAGUGGAGCUGAAUAAACUCACUUAGAAGAACAACAAGGACCAGAAGAGCUGAAGAGCAACUAAGGAGAUGCGUCUCCUUUUAAUCUUUGCUUUGACUUUUACUCUUUCUGCACAGCAGGAUAACAAGAAUAAUGCUGAUGAAGAGUCUACGGAAAGUGGCAAUGAAAUGAUGACGAAAGUUCUAGAUGCACUGAGUGACAAACAUACAAUGGAAAUAAUUAAUGCUUUAAAUAAAAACGAUAUUGAAAAAUUAACGGAGUGUAUGGAAGACGAGUGUAAAAUGGCUGAUUUUGUGGACCUCCUGGAGAAGAUGUUAUAUUUUUUUAAGGAAGUAUCACAUGGUGAUAAGCCAAUAUAUGACUUGAUAAAGGCACUUGUCAAACAUGGUCCUCUGGCUGAACUGGUAAAUGAACUGAGUGAGGAACAUACAUUGGAAAUAAUUAAUGCUUUGAAUGCAAAAGAAAUUGAGAAAUUAAUGAAUAUAGGCAAACGUCCAAUUAAUAUUUUUGCGUUAAUUUCAACUGGGAAAAAGAUAGUACCUAUUAUCAAGAAAGCCAAUCGUGGCAAAGGAGUGUCUAAACUGAUAAGUAUAUUCACUGGUGGUGGUGAUGGAAACAUGGAAAAUAGCAAUCAUAUGUUGGAAAAAAUUAUGAAUGCACUGAGUAAGGAACAUACAGUGAAAAUGGUUAACGCUUUAAGCGCACAGGAUGUUGAGAAAUUAACGGAUUGCCUAGAAGGCGAGUGUAGUAUGGCUGAUUCUGUGACCAUCAUAGAGAAGAUGUUAAAUAUUUUUAAGGGAAUAUCACAUGGUGAUAAUCUGAUAUAUAACUUGAUAAAAGAACUCUUCAAACAUGGUCCUCUGGCUGAAUUGGUGAAUGAACUGAGUGAGGAAUAUGCAUUGGAAAUAAUUAAUGCUUUGAAUGGAAAGGACAUGAAUAAAUUAAUGAAUAUAGGUAAAGAUCAAGUUAAGAAAUCUGAGAUAAUAUCAAUCGGGAAAAAGAUAAUACCUAUUAUCAACAAAGCUAAGGGUGGCAAAGGAGUGUCUAUACUAAUGAGUAUAUUCACUGAUGAUGAAGAUGAAAAAAAUGGUCUCCCUUAUUAUCAAAAUGUCCCUGUGGGACUCCAUCCUGGGAUGUCUGUUUAUAUGCAAGGCACAGUGCCUGAACGCAACAAUAGAACCUGGGUGAACUUCCAGAUGGACUUUGCCUGUGGCCAGGAUAAGGAGGCUGAUGUUCCCCUCCACUUCAGGUCUCACAUUAAUGCAGAGACAGUUGGGCUCAGCACACUUCAGGCUGGCAGGUGGGGAAAGGAAGAGAAAUUCUUGAAUCCCUUUCGAAGGGGUGAGCAAUUCGAGGUCAUCUUGAUUGUCUAUGAUUUCGGAUACCAGAUCCUGGGGAACAGGAAGGUCUUAUGCAACUAUAGGCACAGAAUCCCCUCACAAAAUGUCCAGCUCAUUAGGAUUGAUGGAGAUCUGGAACUGCAAUCUCUGUCUGUAAUGGGAGGACCAAUGAUGACUCUCCCUUACCAUCAUCCUGUCUCUGAUGGACUCCAUCCUGGAAUGUCUGUAUAUAUGCGAGGCAAAGUGCUGAGAAACUGCAACAAAUUCAGGGUGGACUUUGCCUGUAGCAAAUUUCAGGAUGCCGACAUUCUCUUCCACUUCAACCCUCGCUUUAGUCAGGGGACUCUUGUGCUCAACUCAUAUCAGUCUUACAGGUGGGGAAGGGAAGAGAGACACAAGAAUCCCUUCCAAAAGAGCGAGCAUUUUGAGAUAAUCUUCAUUGUCAAUGAGGCCGAAUAUCAGAUCCUGGUGAACGGGAACCCCCUCUGCAAGUUCAGGCACAGAAUCCAACCCCAGUUUCUAAAGUUCAUUAACCUUGAUGGAGACUUGGAGUUUCAAUCUCUGACCAUGGUGGGAGGACAAAUAGUGGGGAACCUGCUAUUGACAGGCUCUGCAGUCUACUACCCACCGGUGCCCUACAUAGGCAACAUUCCUGGAGGUCUGGGACCCAACAAGACCAUCACAAUGCGAGGCUUUAUUCUGAAGAAUGCUACCAGGGUCAACUCAGAGGACAAGGAGGUGAAGGAGAGUGGAAGCAAAAUUCCACAUGUAGUCUUUGGAACUCACUGCCACCAGAAGAAGCAAGGGCAGUUAGCUUAGGGCAGAGUUCCCCAAAGGGGGACAUCUGACAUGCCAUGAAAGGAUUGACGAAUUGUUUAGGAACUCUAGCUAAGGAGAUGGCUGUAAAGAAUGAUUAAGAUCGGAAUAGUCCAUUAAGCAAGACCAGCUUUUUUUCAUUAGAAGAAUGCUAUUCACUACUAGACUGCUGCUGAAUAUGCAUUUUUUUUUCAUAUGUGUCUAUCUCAUUUAUUGCUUACAAAAAGUUGGUUUGAUUGUGGCAGAACGUGAAUACAAUGAAUAAAUACCUAAAAUGAUAAAUAGAACUUAAAUAUUCAGCAACAGUCUACCAAUAAAUAAUAUUUACAAAGAGGAAGAAGAGCUGUUUUUUUUUUUCUUGUAGCCUUCCCCCAUGGAGGGAUCUGUCAGGCUCCUAUUGCAUUAAGGGGCUGGGGAAGGGAGAAUCAGAUUUCCUUUUUAUUUAUUCCAAGAUCUAGUCUUCAACGCCUGUUUUUUCCCUCUCUU